UGUUUGGAAACUGCAAAGUUACUUUUUAGAGUGCCAAAACGCCGUCCACCAAGUCUGUAUGGGAAUGUGACAUUUAGUGAUCCUCCCUUUUGGGCUGUCAGUUAUGACUGAUCCCCCCAUCUGUCAUCCUAAAAAUCCAAUGAUCCCCUCAAAAAUCCCUCCCCCCCACCUCGCUCCAGGCGAUGAAUAAUGACCGGUCCCCAAUAUGAACAAUACGACAGAAGAAGUUAUAAACCUGGAGUCUGGUCAUUUAUGAAUCGCUAGUGAGCUCCCAGUCGAUAGUUAAUGUAAAGGGAAUAACAUUUUGAUUUCACUGGAACAUCUUUUUUUUUUUGUAAACUCGUGUGUAAGGAGACAUCGAAAACGAAAUCCACAUUCGUAAGAGUGGAGAUUAUUCGCACUGAAAUUAACGCAAGCAACUACAGUAAGGAGCCGAAUUCUGUUUUAUCUAAACAACACGAGAAUUUAUUUUGGAACUGGCAUUUCAUGAAGGUUACUGUGUUUUCUCGAUUAAUAACCCUCUAAACCUCUUUAAGUUUUGUUUCAAAUUUGGCCCGGCUGGGCCGGGCAUAUUUUAUAUUCUAGGGUAGUUUUUGUUGCCAUUUCUUGAGGUCCUACUUACAGGUAACCGGCUUUUAAUCGAGUAAACUGAAUACGGCAACUCUCGCUUUUCAUGGUUAAAGAUACUAAACAAAACAAUCUUUAUCAUUUCAAUAUUUUCUUAAAGGUAAAACAAAAAUCCAUGCAGGUUAUUGCGAAAAAUAAAAUAGGCGCGCCAUGCAAAAGAAGACCACUGCACGGCACGUUAGCUCUUGAAUGGUUUUCUUUCUCACGAAAUGUUUGAGAAACGAGUUUCACGCCGUGAUUUUCAUUGCAAUUUUAAAAUAACAAAAUUUCGACUUCUCAUUUUAGCGAGGAAAAUUCAUAUUUGGGCGAAAAAACGUUUCCACCGCGUUUUCCACCAGACCCCGUGCUUUCCACACCCCGCGUUUUCCACACCCCGGGACCCCGUACCCCGCACUCCGGGACCCCGGCCCCGCGUUUUCCACCUAGCCAUAGCGGACAUCAGGGACAUCAGCCCCCAAAUCGAUCGAGCGAAAUUAUACAGCUUUUGCCAACGUGGAAUUCAAAUAAUAAAACAGAUUAACUAAAAAUAACAUUUACCAGCUGCUGUGACUCUCGCAAGUCUUAAAACUCCGUUUGAAAUCUGUAGUUCGCGUUAAAUUUCAUUUCGAGGCGCGCGGCUGCACUUAAUGAGGUGAGACUUGAAAGAACGGUUCGUUACUCAAGACCUCGAUGUCCCCUUUUUCCGAGGUCGAACAUCCUUUAGUUUUAUUUCAUCCCAUUUUGAGUCCCAUAAGGGUGUUUUCUAAUCGUAAAAGUAGAAAACAUUGUAGGCAUGAAACAUCUUGAGAGAGCCUUCCGGACGCUAUUUGUUGGUUUGGUUAAAAAUGGUCUAAUGCUAAACUGCGCCUUUCUACUACCCCCUGAGGUCAAAUAUAUUCGUACUGUGCAUGGGUGGCCAAUCGUGACACGAAAAAAACAAAAAACCAGAACGUCGGCGAAAACUAGACUCGGCCUGCUGAAUAACAACAAUUGUUGUAUGCCUCGUUCUUGAAUAGGUGCUAUUCUUAUUCAAAUCAGCGACCCGAGAUGAUCCGGUCCGACUUUUGUAGCUGCCUUCUUCGAAGUGAUCGUCAGACAAGAUGUGGCGCACUUGGUGCAGCGUCCUUUUUCCGUUUUUCCUGAUCAGCGUGACAUCUGCAAAGCCAAACAUUAUUGUAUUUCUUGUGGACGACCUUGGAAUCGCAGAUCUGGGCUGCUUCGGUAAUGACACGAUCAAAACACCGAACAUUGAUCGGCUGGCUGAAGAAGGAGCUCGAUUGCGACAUGAUGUAAUGCCGGAUUCGAUUUGUACACCAAACAGGGCUGCCCUUCUUACAGGACGGUAUCCCAUCCGAUCAGGACUCGCCUCAGACGAAGGGCAACCUAGAAUGUUUCUUUCCGCUUCUGCAUCUGGUGGUCUGCCCCAAAAUGAAACCACAUUUGCUGAGAUUGCAUCUGCUGCUGGCUACAAAACAGGUAUUAUUGGAAAGUGGCAUCUAGGGCUGCACCUAUCAUCAAACUCAGAUUUCCACUUCCACCCUUUGAAGCAAGGUUUCCAUUAUUUUUAUGGUCUGCCUCUCACUAACUUAAGAACUUGUGAGUCUGGUCAGUAUCUUAUAAACCUUGUUUAUCCUGGGUUGAAUCCAAAGAACAUUCUUGCUUCUGCGAGUGUUAUUGUAGCAACACUAUAUAUUUUCUACCUGACUGGUCUACUAGAUAAGUCUGUUUUUAUUUUCAAUGCAACAAUAAGUCUUCUCAUCUGUUUUGCAAUAACUGGCUGGUUAACAAUACCUCAAAGACUGAACUGCUUUGUACUGAAAAACUAUGAAGUUGUGGAGCAACCAACCAUUUUGGAAAACUUAACAAUUAGGUUUACAGAUGAAGCAGUCAACUUUAUCCGUGCAAACAAAGAAAGCCCCUUCUUAUUGUACAUGUCAUUUGCCAAGGUACACACUGCUUUGUUCAAUACACGGCCAUUCACAGAUCACAGUGAUCAUGGUCGCUAUGGUGAUAAUGUGGAGGAAAUGGAUUGGAGUGUAGGUCAGAUCAUGGCUGUGGUUCAAGAACUGGGUUUGAAGGAAAACACAUUUGUUUACUUUACAUCUGACAAUGGUCCUCAUCUGGAAGAAAUCAGUGACACAGGUGAAUAUCAUGGCGGCUGGCAUGGUAUCUACAAAGGAGGCAAAGGGCAGUGCUGGGAUGGUGGUGUUAGGAUGCCCACUGUAGUAUCAUGGCCUGGUCAUAUCCCAGCUGGGAUCUCACUUGACAAGCUCACCAGUAGCAUGGACUUAUUACCCACAAUUGCCAAGCUAACUGGUGCAGACCUUCCAGAGGACAGAGUCAUCGAUGGAAAAGACCUCUUACCUCUUCUGACCAACAUGAGACAGGAGUCUUCUCAUGAUUUUAUUUUCCAUUAUUGUGGAAAUCAGGUCCAUGCUGUGCGUUAUCAUCCAAAAAACACUGACGCUGUCUGGAAGGCUCAUUUUAUGACACCAAAAUGGAAUGAGGGAACUGACAGCUGCAUCGGAAAAGGCGUAUGUGGUUGCCAUGGAGAUGAAGUUAACAUGCAUGAUUCUCCUCUUCUUUACAACAUGACAGAUGACCCUGCAGAGAGCUCUCCUAUUCCUGUUAACAUGCCCAAGUACAAAGAACUGAUGAAAGAUAUUUACCCAGCUCUCAAAAAACACAAAGAGAGUGUUGAAAGUGUCCCUACCCAGCUUGGAAGGAUGCAGAAUUUUGUUCAUCCCAUGUUGCAGAUGUGUUGUAAUUUUCCCUACUGCACUUGUACGGAAACUGGUAGAGAACUUGAGCAUUAUCCUAAAGAUGUUUGAGAAAGUCACUGACCAAUGUGUAAGAAACUUAAGUACCCACACAUAAAAGCAAUGACUGGGUUUUGGGGUUUGCAUCAUGGAGGCAAUUUGACCUUACAGUCUCAUCGCAUCAAGUCUUGUUUUCCCCUACAAAGAUAGGAUCAACCGUUCCCAAAUGUCAAAAGUUUUAUAUAUACGAGUGUCUCAAUGAGGUAGUGGCUUUUACGGCUAUCGGUUACAUUUUAAGCAUUUUUACGCCUGACGGUUCAAUUUUUGGCCCUUUUACAGCCAACGCUUAUUUUUUUCCCCGUUACGAUUAACUGAAAUUUCAAUAACUAAUUGCCAUUGUUUUACAUUAUAAUAUAAUAAUUAACUGGCAUAUAAUAGUUAAUUUCCAUUGGUGUGAAGCAUGGCAAAAUCAUGAAAAGUACAGGGAACAUUCUCGGUUGACAAAAAAUGAAAUUUAUGUGGUCCACAAAUACAUAACAGUCCUGUACUGCGGGACUUAGAAAUUUGGAACUUUUAAUUUCUAAGAAGUAAAACAAGGAAUAAUGUUUGCCUGUGUGUGGUUAGGUGUUAUAAACAUGAACUGUUCUUGUUGUUCUGUUGAAGUAAUGAUUGUCAUGCUUCUUUUUACAUUUGUGAUGAGGCUUACCGUUUUACGCCCUCUUAAACAUCAUAACGUGUCCACGCCUUGACCUGCCUCCCUGAGCUCAUUAUCACCGCUCUACUAGUAGUAAUCAUAGAUUAAAGAGUGCGUUCGAGUAUUGGUAGGUUUGGUAUGUUAAAAAAGCAUAACUUCUAGGAACAGCAUUUGUGCCUGAGCUGUUAGGUAGACGUGAAAUUGGCCUUCCCUCCAGUAAGGGCGAAAACAAAUGAAUUGAUCGCAGAACACGUUGUUUCGUUGAUGAAAUAGGCGUUGCCUCUUAAUUGACAGAUUUAUUUGUUGACAAGAAUCGUGAUUUACAUAAAUUAUAUACAUUGAUUUAAAGGCGUUAGGUUAUUGUGUUUCAAACCAGUUUUUCAGUAGAAUCGAAGUGAGAAAGAAGUUAUUUAGUCUGUCUGUUAAACCCGCUUACCUGGAGAAUCUGUUUGGUAAACCCGCUCACCUAGAGAAUCUGUUAAAGACUCAGUCCUAACCCGUAAAGUGCGACUGUUGUAACUACCUGCCACAGAAGUAAGUUAAAAUUCAAGUUUUGUGAAUUUAGCUUCGAGAUAAAGAUUUAUUUGUGUUUGUUCUAAUUGCGAAUUAUAAAUGUAUUUCUUUUAGAUCGAAUAAUUAUUAAACCGUGGCUUGAUAUUAUGCUGUUUGUGGUGGUCUUUUGAGCUAGCCAGGUCCAUGUGCAACACACGUAUAUCUGAGCACAGGUGGCCCAAGCUCUCAAUGUUAUACUUUCUCUUUUCACUUUUAUGUGAAUGUUCAGCGUA